UUCACAAAGCUUAAAGGAAAAUUCGCUCAGUUCGAAGUUGAAACGCGUGAAAAACGCAACGGGAAGAUCUAAUUUGUCCCGGAGUGUAGUUAAAUUAAUUAUUUUUUAAUUUUUAUUUCAAAAAAAGAGAGAAAAAGGAAUUUUUUAAGAAUAAAAUUUUCCAUAGGUCAAUUUAGUACAACUCUAUAGUUAAUCAUAAAGCACUAAAGUGCUUCCAAAAGUUGUGAUAUAUAAUUAUGAUACUGAGAAAAGUUGACUAAAAAUAUAUUUAAAAAAAAUAAAAUAAAAAAAGAAUUCAUCAUUAGAAAAAAUUUCAUCUAAUGUGAUAGCUUGCCAUAAAAAUGGAACAAUUUGAGCAGUUAUUAACCUGCUGUGUGUGUCUAGAUCGAUACAGAAAUCCAAAAUUGCUACCAUGUCAGCAUUCAUUUUGUAUGGAGCCUUGCAUGGAUGGGCUUACGGAUUAUGUACGACGACAAGUCAAAUGUCCUGAAUGCAGAGCGGAACAUCGUAUACCUUAUAAUGGCGUGCAAGGGUUUCCGACUAACGUUACACUUCAACGUUUUUUGGAACUUCAUAUUGAAAUCACUGGAGAUUUGCCUGAUCCAACAUCAGGUCAAGUAAUGGAGAGAUGUAACGUUUGCUCGGAAAAAUCGUAUUGCAAUGUUUGCAUGCAUUGCGAGAAGAAAAUUUGCCCCGAUUGUAAAAGUGCUCACAUGGAUAUUUUGCGUCGUGAAAUUAAUCGUAUUAACAAUCAAAUUCGUCGUGGCGUUCAUAGACUGCAUGAUAUUUUGUCGGUCGUUGAAAAGAAUACACAAAGUUUACAAAACAAUUGUCAAAGCGUCUCUGAGGAAAUUGAUGAAGUUUAUCGACGUCUCACGAAAGCAGUCAAAGAUCGUACUGAUCAUAUGCGAACUGAAAUGGACAAAUAUUUAACAUCAGAAAUGAAGAAUCUAUCGACACUCAAAGAGAAUUUAGAAUUGGAAAUUGCAAAUAUCACAAGCAAUAGUGAUUUGGCUGAUAAAUAUAUGAUUGAGUCUGUAGAAUGGGAAGACUGUGAACUCAUGGAUACAAAGGAAAUCUUCCUUAAGACUGUUGAGUUUAUGAGAAACUUUGAGACAGAAACUUCGGAUUAUAGCCGUAGAGUUCGAUUUUCAAUGGCCUGCGAUCCUAAUCAAUUAGUUAACAAUCUUUGUACAUACGGUGAUUUGCACUUUAUUCAUCCACCAUCCACCACACAAAGUAAUGCACUUUUACAGCCAGCUGUUUCAGGUAUAAUGCGAUCAAAAAGUGAUCAUCGUUUAGCUACACAAUUUCGACAGCAACAAGAUGCUUACAAUGGUGAUGAUGAGCCACUUCUUGGAGGUAGGAAAUUUGGUGAACGUCCAAAACCAACACCAGAAAAGCACACAUCAGAUUCUCGUUAUGGAUAUGAUGCUGAUGAUCAACAUUACGAUUCAUCACGUACUGGUAAGAACAGGUUUCGUUCAAGAUUCCACCGUGGACAUCAUGAAGAAGAAGAUGAAACAGAAUCUCGCACGGUAAAAACUGAAAAAGAGAAGGAUAAAGUAACAACAACAGAAGAUGCUGCUAAAGGUCCAUUGAGUGGAAUCUUUAGAAUUUUAGAUUCACCACGUGCUAUGAAGAGAAUUCAAGAAGCGGACAGAGGUCCACGUGAAAAGAAAGAACCCCCAAAACCUGUCGCACCUGUAGUUACCCAAGUAAAGCAAGUUCAAAUUCCAACAGUUACACCACCAGUUCGUCCAAAAACAGCUAGACAGCAAUCUGAAGAUGAAAUUGAAAGAAUUAAGCGUGAAAAUAAAACAACAGCUCCAUCGUCUUCAACUGAAAGUCCUUUAGCAGAUAGACAAUCAAUCUUAAAGAAGACAACACCAACUGCAUCAUCAAUAGAUGAAAAUGAAGUAAGUCAAGUUCCUAUCUCUGACAUUGAGCCACAGCAAACAACAACGACGAAUACUGCAGUCACAAAUAAUUCAACGCAAAAACAAUCGCCAGUUCGAUCAAGCAGUGAGAGUUCAUCGACAGAGAGCACAAGUGAUGCUGGAUCUACGGGACCACCAUCAGUAAAACCAGCUGAAAUUCCACCAAUUAGAUCUCGUGGUGCGGGAUCAGCGUCAACAACAUCGAACACAGUAAGCAGUCCACCAACAGUCACUGAAGAGAAGAAGCCCUUUCAGAGUCGGUUUCUCCAGUCCCGAACCACCGUCACACCCCCCAAAAAAGAAGAAACGGAAUCAUCGAGCGAAGAGGAAUCAAGCGAAGAAUCAGAAAGCGAAGAAGAAGCGCCGAAAGUAAAGCCAGUUGUAAGCACACCACCAGUUGUGACAACACCUGUAAGAUCAGCUACGUCUGGAGUUACAUUAAGAUCAAAUGACACAACAUCAUCGUCACCAAGAUCUGGAAUAUUGAAAGACAGCACCACAACUGAGAAUCGAAGAAGCCUUGAAGAGUCUACUUUACCAUCGAGAUCUCGGUAUGAGGCACCCACAAGCACAUACUCACGUACAGCUGAUAAAGAAAAUGAUACAUCACGUUAUGGAACAAGAACACGUUCAACUGCUGCAUAUGAACCGCCAGAGGAGUCAAGAUAUGGCACAUCUUCAGGUGGUAGUGAACUGUCACGUAGUCGUUCAACACAUGCCUUAAAAUCUCGUGAAAAUUCACCAGAUAGAGGCGGACCAGAAGAAAAUAAAGAAGCAUUGAGUUCAUGGGCACGCUAUUUGAAAAAUAAAUAUGGAAGUAGAACAUCAACAAAAGAUAGUCCACGUGAAGGAUAUAGUGCAAGUAGCAGCACAACAACACCGAGUGCUUCAACAUAUAGUUCAUCUGCUGCCUCAUCAUCAUCACCCUCAUCAGCAUCAUCAACAUCUGCAAGUAGACGUUUAAGUUUAGGUUUACCAUUACGUCAGGCAAAUGAAAUGCAUAGUUCCGAUGAUGAUUCAAAAAACUUGCAAAGCUCCCUCGCCUCUCCUAUUCAACAACAGGUCGUCGAUACGGAAGAUACCAAUACUAAGUAUUGUACCCCAAGAACACAAUAUCUUCAAAAGAGACGGCAAAUCUUACAAAUAGGUGGUCGAGGGAGCGAGCCUGGUAAAUUCACUUGGCCAAGAGGAAUUUCAGCUAAUGGUCCGGAAAAUAUCAUUGCUGUAGCCGAUAGUUCAAAUCAUCGUGUUCAAGUAUUCGAUGCUAAUGGAGUCUAUCGUUUUGAGUUUGGAACUUAUGGCAAUGGUGACGGUGAAUUUGAUUGCUUAGCUGGUGUAGCCAUAAACAGAAUCGGACAAUUUAUUAUUGCUGACCGAUAUAAUCAUAGAAUUCAAGUUUUCGAUCCAGCAGGACGCUUUUUGAGAGCUUUUGGAUCACAAGGAACUGCUGAUGGAAAGUUCAAUUAUCCUUGGGGCAUAACUACAGACUCAAUGGGCUUCAUAUAUGUUACAGAUAAAGAGAAUCAUCGUAUUCAAGUUUUUCAGUCUGACGGUACUUUUGUUGGCAAGUUUGGAAGUUAUGGUAGCGGGGAAGGACAACUUGAACAUCCUCAUUAUAUCGCAGUUUCAAACACCAAUCGCGUCAUUGUCUCGGACUCAAACAAUCAUCGUAUUCAGAUUUUUGAUGUAAACGGAAAAGUUUUAUCGCAGAUCGGUAGUGAAGGCUCACAAGAAGGAGAAUUUAAAUUCCCAAGAGGUGUGGCUGUCGAUGAUUCUGGAUAUAUUUCAGUAGCUGAUUCGGGAAAUAAUCGUAUCCAAAUUUUCAGUCCCGAUGGAAGCUUUUUACGAGCUUUUGGAUCUUGGGGAAGUGGAGAAUCAGAAUUUAAAGGACUUGAAGGUGUUGCCAUUAUGUCGAACGGAAAUAUUUUAGUGUGCGAUCGUGAAAAUCAUCGAGUUCAAAUUUUUUAGAGAAAUUUUAUUUAAAAAUCGAUAUGAAUGUCAUCAUGAAUAAUUAUCGGAUGAGAUGAAAUUGUUUUUGCAGCUACUAACCAACGAGAAAAGAUUGUCAGCUUAUUUACAUUGCUACUUCAAAGCAAUCAUAAUUUAUCUGUGUGGCCUGUUUUUUUUACUUUAUAAUUUUUUUUUUAUUUUUGAAGACAUUUUAAUUUUACUUUAAAAAUGAGUAAGAUUAAGAAUGUUGAACUGUUAUUUCUUUUUGUAUCACGAGUUAGAGGAAAUUCGUAAGGAUUUCACUUUGUGAUUUUUAAGAUCAUCAAGUGUUACUCUUUCGAAUUACAGCUGAACUCGGUCUAUAUUUCAAUACAAUUUCUUUACUUCUUUCUUACAAAACAGAAUAUGACAAAAAUUGUUAAAAUAAAGCUUUUGAAAAUAUAAAAAAAAAAUUAGUGAUUUAUAAAAAAUUAAUAACAUAAGUUUUUGAAACUCAAAUAAAUGUCAAUUUGGGAUAUAAAAAAAAAGGUAUUUAAAUUUCUAUUCCACAUUUGAUGAAUUUAACUUCUCUAUUGAUUGAGAAAUUUCGUUCAGUCGUUGAACUAGUUGUGCCAUGUGAUCUGAACUUUUACUUUCAUUUGAACUCGUACCUAGAUCAAAAUGCAAUUUUGACAGCUUCUCUUGUUGAUCCCGAAUAUUUUUCAUCUGGUUCAUUGAACUUCCUGAAAAUGCUCGAAG